AUGAAAGCAUCCCACAACGGCCAGUUCUGCAGUACAUGGGGAAAUUACCAUUUCAGGACCUUCGACGGAAAAUUCUUCCAGUUUCGCUCCAACUGCAACUAUCUCUUUGCAUCCAACUGCAAAAGCAGCUAUGAGGACUUUAACAUCCAGCUGCAAAGACAAGAAAUGGGCUGGGUUGCUCCCAUAAAGCGGGUUACAAUGAGACUGGAGGGAGUGGUGGUGGAAUUAUCCAACUCCUCCAUCACGGUCAAUGAUGAGAUUGUGACAUUGCCCUUCAGUCAGGCAGGCAUCUCCAUCCAAAGAACAUUCUCCUACGUUAAGUUUGAGGCAACAAGCGGCGUUGUUGUCAUGUGGAAUGAGGAGGACACGCUCUGGGUUGAGUUGGAUGCUAAGUACAAGAAUCAGACUUGUGGUUUGUGUGGUGAUUUCAAUGGAGACCAUGUUGAUGGAGGAAUAGAAGAAUUUGGGGAGACCUGGAAAGCCAAUGGUCCAACUGAAAAAUGUGACGAAACCUUAUCCCCUUCCUCACAAACCUGCUCCAUAAAUCAGAGAGCCUCCUGUGAGAGUAUAGUGUCCGGACCAUCUUUCCCCAGCUGUCGAGACCGGAUCAACAGUGACGCCUUCGUGGAAGCUUGUGUGAAGGACUUGUGUUCAUGUAAAAGCAACUCCACGUCCUGCUUGUGUUCAACCAUUGCAGAGUACUCGCGCCAAUGCGCCCAUGCCGGCGGGAAGCCGCAGGAAUGGAAUGGAAAUUUAUGCGCCAAAAAAACAUGCCCGCUUACAAUGGAGUACAAAGAAUGUGGGAGCCCCUGCAUGGACACAUGUAGCGACCCACAGAGGAGCCAAGUGUGUGACGAGCACUGCACAGAGGGAUGCUUCUGUCCACCUGGGACCCUCUUGGAUGACAUUGGUGACAGUGGGUGUUUACCCGUGGACCAGUGCUCCUGCAUGCACAACGGCAAGGCUUACAAACCUGGGGCAUCCUACUCCAGGGCCUGUCAGACAUGCACGUGCACUCAGGGUGAGUGGAGGUGUCGUGACACUGAUUGCCCUGGCGUCUGUUCCGUACUGGGAGGCUCACACAUCUCCACCUAUGACGACAAAACGUACACUUUCCAUGGGGACUGCUCUUACGUUCUUACAAAGCAGAUGAAUGGGACUUUCAUCGUCCUGGGGGACCUUUUCAAAUGUGAAAAAUCAUAUAAGUCAACUUGCCUGUCUGCAGUCACGCUUCUGCUGCCAAAAUCCAUGGUGAUUGCUGUUGACUCUAGCGGUCAGGUUUUAGUCAACAAACUCACCUCUCGUUUGCCUUUCUCCACGGAUGACAUAACCAUCUUCAGCCCGUCCACAUUUUACGUUGUGGUCCACACUGUUUACGGGCUUCAUCUUGAGAUUCAGGUCACGCCCGUCAUGCAAGUUUACAUCAAAGUCAGUCUUCCCCAUAAAGGCAAACUACAAGGUCUUUGUGGAGAUUUUAACGAUGUCGAAUACAAUGACUUCAGAACCAGAAGUGGGAUGAUUGAAGGGACGGCCGCGGCGUUUGCUAACUCGUGGAAGACUAAGGGUGGCUGUCCGGACGUCAGCAAUUCACUUGGUGACCCUUGCCUUUUAAGCGUAGACAAGGAAAAAUACGCCCACCACUGGUGUUCCACACUGAUCGACUCAACAGGGGUGUUUUCCAAGUGCCAUUCUGAGAUUAACCCGGACCAAUACCUAGCUUCUUGUAUAUAUGACACGUGUGCUGGAGAAAAUAGUUUGGAUUCUAUAUGUGCUACCAUGUCCUCCUACGUUCACGCGUGUGCUGCCGCUGGUGUCUCCUUGACAGGAUGGCGGGAGGUCAUAUGCGGGAAAUACACAUCAAGCUGCCCCCCAACUUUAGUGUUUGACUACCACAUGACAAGCUGUGGGCGCUCCUGCCCCUCCCUGAGUCAGUUGGACUUAACCUGUGAUGCCGACUUGACCCCCGUGGAUGGCUGCGGCUGUGCUGAGGGCACAUACCUCAAUGAGAAGAGCGAGUGUGUGCCAGCCUCCCAGUGCUCCUGCCACGUGGGGGACAUGGUGCUGCGGCCAAAGCAGAUCAUCAGUGUCCAUGGACAGAUGUGCGUCUGCCGUAGUGGGAAACUCAACUGUACUGGAAAACAUUUGAAUGAAUUCUGCAGCGCUCCAAUGACUUUCUUCAACUGCUCAAGUGCAAAGCCCGGUGAAACGGGGUCAGCGUGCCAAAAGACCUGUCAGACUCUCGACACAGAAUGUGUUAGCACGCAUUGCGUCUCGGGCUGCGUGUGUCCAGCUGGCCUGUUGGCCGACGGUAAAGGAGGUUGCAUCGAGGAGACGCGUUGUCCCUGUACAUAUAACGGACAAAGCUACAAGCCUGGAGAGGCCGUUAAAGUGGACUGUAAUGUUUGCACUUGUAAAAACCUCCAAUGGGAAUGCACCAAUCAGCAGUGUGACGGAACCUGUACAAUUUAUGGAGAAGGUCAUUACAACACCUAUGACGACAAGAAAUUCUCCUUUCACGGGGACUGUGGUUACGUCUUGACUCAAAAUUACUGUGGGGACAACAAGAAUGGCACCUUCAGAGUCCUGACUGAGAGCGUUCCAUGUGGACCAAGUGAAAACAUCUGCUCCACUGCUAUCAAACUCUACUUAGGGAAAAGUGAAAUUGUCCUAAAAGAGGGAACUGUAAUCAAGCAGAAAACAGGGUUAGAUAUACCCUAUAAAGUCCAUACUAUUGGAUUAUAUCUUGUAAUUGAGGCAAAGAAUGGUCUCGUUCUCAUCUGGAACAAGAAGACAACACUGAUCAUCAAACUGAGCUCCACAUUUAAGGGAAAAGUUUGUGGUUUGUGUGGAAAUUACGAUGGAAACAUCAAGAACGACUUCACGACCCGGAACAAAGAGUUGGUGGUGGAUGCCUUUGAGUUUGGAAACAGCUGGAAAGUGUCAAAGAGCUGUGCCAACACAAAUGCGCUCAAAAAUCCCUGCACGCUAUACUCGCAUAGGCAAGCAUGGGCACUGAAACGCUGCAGCCUCAUCAACAGUGAAGUAUUUGAGGCCUGUCAUUCGAAGGUGGAUCCUCAACACUAUUAUAAUGCCUGUGUAAGAGACACUUGUGCUUGCAAUACUGGAGGAGAUUGCGAGUGCUUUUGCUCGGCUGUAGCGGCCUAUGCAGCCGCCUGUAAUAAGGCUGGCGCUUGUAUAAAAUGGAGAACCCCCACUGUUUGUCCUCUGUUCUGUGAUUACUACAAUCCUGGGGAUGAGUGUGAAUGGCACUAUGAACCUUGUGGAAAGCCAUGCUUGAAAACCUGCAGGAAUCCCUCUGGAAAGUGCUUUACUCAAAUUCCAGCUUUAGAAGGCUGCUAUCCACGGUGUCCACCCGAGCAACCAUAUUUGGAAGAGGUAAAAAUGAAAUGUGUGUCAGUGGAGCAAUGUGGCUGCUAUGAUGAUGAAGGGAAGCAUUAUGCAGAAGGGGAGGCAAUACCCCAUAUAGAAAACUGUCAGAAAUGUAUAUGUUCUUCAUCAGAGAGGAAGUGUACCUACAGCGUCAAAGAUUGCACUUGCUUAUAUAAUGGGGAAAUAUACAACUAUGGAGAGAUAGUAUAUGACACUCAUGACGGAGAUGGAACCUGUAUUACUGCUAUUUGUGGAGAACAUGGAAAUAUUACAAGAGAAAUAAAGGUCUGCAGUUCCUCAACCACACAGAUGCCAAGGACAACCACAGAAUUUGUGUUUGUGACAACAGAAGAACCCACCACCAUCACAACAAUUACACAAAGGCCUUCCACGCCAACAAUGACUCCAGCAAUAGUUACAACUGAAAAGCCCCAAAACACUACAACUACAGAAAAAAUGUCAUCGACACCAUCUGACUGUUUUGUUUGUCACUGGUCCCCUUGGAUCAACAAUCAUUACCCAGACCCAGUUCUCAGCGGUGGAGAUUAUGAAUCCCUAGAAAACAUAGGUCAUCCAAGUCUGAAUGACUGCAAACGACCCCUUGAAAUAGAGUGCAGAGCAAAAGCAUUUCCAGGUGUACCGUUGGAUCAACUUGGUCAGAAAGUUACAUGCAACCCAAAAGACGGACUGAUCUGUCAUAACAAAGACCAAGGUAUACCUCCAAUUUGUUAUGACUAUGAGAUUAGAGUCAAAUGUUGCAUCAAUCAUUGUGUCACAUCAACCAAAGCAACAACUACAACCACAGAACAACCCACCACCUUUACAGAAGAACCCACCACCAUCACAACAAUUACACAAAGGCCUUCCACGCCAACAAUGACUCCAGCAACAGUUACAACUGAAAAGCCCCAAAACACCACAACCAUAGAAAAAACGUCAUCAACACCAUCUGACUGUUUUGUUUGUCACUGGUCCCCUUGGAUCAACAAUCAUUACCCAGACCCACUUCCCAGCGAAGGAGAUUAUGAAUCCCUAGAAAACAUAGGUCAUCCAAGUCUGAAUGACUGCAAACGACCCCUUGAAAUAGAGUGCAGAGCAAAAGCAUUUCCAGGUGUACCGUUGGAUCAACUUGGUCAGAAAGUUACAUGCAACCCAAAAGACGGACUGAUCUGUCAUAACAAAGACCAAGGUAUACCUCCAAUUUGUUAUGACUAUGAGAUUAGAGUCAAAUCCACACAACAACCCACCGACUUUACAGAAGAACCCACCACCAUCACAACAAUUACACAAAGGCCUUCCACACCAACAAUGACUCCAGCAAUAGUUACAACUGAAAAGCCCCAAAACACUACAACCAUAGAAAAAACGUCAUCAACACCAUCUGACUGUUUUGUUUGUCACUGGUCCCCCUGGAUCAACAAUCAUUACCCACACCCAGUUCCCAGCGGUGGAGAUUUUGAAUCUAUAGAAAACAUAGAUGAUCCAAGGCUGAAUGACUGCAAACGACCCCUUGAGAUAGAGUGCAGAGCAAAAGCAUUUCCAGGUGUACUAUUGGAUCAACUAGGUCAGAAAGUUACAUGCAACCCAAAAGACGGACUGAUAUGUCAUAACAAAGACCAAGGUAUACCUCCAAUUUGUUAUGACUAUGAGAUUAGAGUCAAAUGUUGCAUCAAUCAUUGUGUCACUCCAAGCAAAGCAACAACUACAAAACUACCCACCACGACUACAAAAAGACCAACCACAGGGACAGAAUCUCAAAGCACGGCAACAGAGACCCAAACCACUACAAUUGCAGUUACCGUAAAACCCAGCACUGCAUCAACGGAAACGAUGAGUACAGUUGUGAAAACAACAGAAACAACUACCAGUACCACUACCACAGAAACCCCCAAAAUAACUACAGAAAGAACAACUGUUGCAACCACCAUCACACAAAAACCUACAACCACAACCACUGAAACUACAGAAAACCCUAAAACCACAAUCACAGAAAAAGUGCCCACAACUAAGCCACUAAGAACAACGGCUAAAGGUCCCGCAAUAACUGUGGUCACAUCAACGGCUCCAUCAACAGGACCCUUAGUAACCACCAUCCCUACAAAGCCAACCACAGUGUCAACAGAAAAGCUUUCAACGACUUUGACAACAACACAGUCUUCAACAGCAGCCAGAACCACGGAAUGCUUCUGCAAAUACCUUGAUGAAAUUUUUGCUCCCGGUACUACCAUAUACAAUAAAACAGAUGGAGCAGGUUGGUGUUUUACUGCAUAUUGCAAUAAGACUUGCAAUGUUGAGAAAUUUGCGGGACCGUGUCAGCCAACAACUCCACAAAGUCCUACCACAACAUUAACAACUGUCAUAACAACUGAAGUUGUCACAACGACAGUUAGUACCACAAGCUUAUCCACCAAAGCACCUCCUAAAGACUGCACUUUCCUCAUCCCACCAAGAAAGAUGUUCCUUAGAAAGGUGAGGAAUCAGCCCAGGACUACACGACAGGACUUGGUCAAUGACCUGAAAAGAGCUGGGACCACCGUUACCAAGCAUGGCGAAAUUUGGAGUUCAAGCAACUGCACCACUGAAUCGUGUGAUGACGGAAAAGUCCUAACAGAACAUAAGCCAUGUGAACCAAACACCAUGCCCGUGUGUGAAAAUGGCCACCCACCAGUGAGGGUUUAUGACGAAGAUGGUUGCUGCUUCCAUUACGAAUGUACAUGUAUUUGCAGCGGCUGGGGAGACCCUCACUAUAUCACAUUUGAUGGUCAUUACUACAGCUUCCAAAAAAAUUGCACCUACGUCCUGGUUAAAGAGAUUAUUCCUCAACACAAUAUUAGCAUCCUUAUUGACAAUGAAAACUGCGACGCCACCGAUGAAGUAACAUGUGCUAAGAGCCUGAUUGUGAAUUACAAAAACUACGAGGUCGUUCUCACACAGAAGAGGGGCGCAAAUACAGUAAACGCGGUGUACGUCAAUGGCAAGAAAGUUGUCCCAACUUACUCCAAUAAGGACUUCACCAUCACAAGCACCGCAAUUGAGCUGCUUCUGAGAAUUCCAGCAAUUCAAGGUGUUGUGACGUUCAAGGGGCUUUUAUUCCGCGUCGAUUUGCCAUUUUCCCUUUUCCGCAACAACACAGAAGGACAGUGCGGUACGUGUGACAAUAAUAGAAAGAAUGACUGCAGAUUACCCAGCGGUCGGAUUCACCUCUCCUGCGUGGAUAUGGCUCAUGAGUGGCAUGUACCAGAUAAAAACAAACCAUACUGCGAUAAGCCGCCGCCUCCUCCGCCAACACCAAAUCCAACACCCACUCAACCCACUUGUAACCCCGAAAUCUGCAAACUCAUAAUGAGCAAUGUGUUUGAGGAAUGCCACAAAGUGAUCUCACCCGAGGAUUAUUAUGAAGCCUGUAAAUUUGACGUCUGCCACAUGCCAAAUUCCAAAAUGGCAUGUUCCAGUUUGGAGGCGUACGCCAUGACAUGUGCUUCGGCGUCAGUCUGUGUCAACUGGAGGAACUCGACGCUGGGCCAGUGCGACUAUAAAUGUCCUGCAAAUAAGGUCUACAAACCAUGCGGGCCAAUUGUGGAGCCAACUUGCAAUGCCAGAUACAAUUACAAGUACAUACGUCAAUGCCAGGGAGAAAACAGUUACCAGACACCUGACUGUACUACUUUUGUGGAGGGAUGUUUCUGUCCACCUGGCACAAUCCUGUUCAGUUCCAACUCCAACGUCUGUGUCACCGCUUGUUGCGCUGGACCUGAUGGCGAACCAAAAGAGAUCGGUGACACCUGGCUGAGUGGCUGCCAGCAGUGUGUGUGUGAUGCGGAUACGCUGAGUGUGCAGUGCGAGCCUCGCAUGUGUCCCACUCAAGCGCCCGUAAUCUGUAAGGAUGGCGAAGUGUUGCUCAACCAAACGGUUGACUGCUGCCAGACGCUGACAUGUGUUGCUCUUCCCUCCAAUUGCAAAAUAAACGCAAAUACCACCUACUUGCACGUAAAUAAUUGCAAGUCAGUUGUGCCGGUGGAAAUGAGAACCUGCGAGGGAUCCUGCGGAGCAUCAACAUCAAUCUACUCUGCGGAGAGCAACAGCCUGGCGCAUUCUUGCUCAUGCUGUCAAGAAACGGUCACCAGGAAGAAGGCAGUGGAGAUGAUUUGCACUGAUGGCACCAAGAUGAAACAUUCCUACAUCUCAAUUGAAAAGUGUGGCUGCCAACUCUCACAUUGCACUCGAAACACAGCUGACCAAUUCUAACAUUUAGAAAAACUGCAUUAUGGAGUUUGUGAGGAGGCAAAUUGCUACACAUCGAAAAUCAUUCAUUCUGCUUCAAAGCUCUAUACUGUAUCUGAUGAUGACUUGAUAAGAUCUAAGCAAUAUAGAAUGUUUAUUCUACUGCAUAUUAUUCAUUUCAAACUGUGGAAAGGGCUCAGAACCUUUGAGCUUAAUUAAUUGAAAAGGAAUUUGUAUUAUUUGUGAAUACAUUUGUAUCAUCUUUGAAAAUUAAACCAAAAAACUUUCAUGUAGAUCUAGCAAAUAUUGGCUCCAUAAUGUCUCUUUUAGUUGUUAAGGGUAAAAUAUUCAAGUUGGUUCCUCUUUAAGUACUUCCACAAGUUGUUUUCUUGUGCCAGAAAGGGUUUCUGGAUUUAUCAACACAACGUCUUUGGAUCAGAUACAGAAAUGCAAUAUAAUACCAUACUGUAUAUAUUGUGCAGUGUAUUAUGUUGAGCAAUGGCAUGAGGAAUGUAUUUGUAGUAACACAUUGAGAGGCAUGUUUUUAAAAAUAUAUAUAUAUAAAGUAUAUGUAUGGUAUACCUAUUUUAAAGUUCCAUAAAUUCUGAAUAAACUGUAAUAUUGCAUCCCAUUGCUGUGUACAUUUCCUCUAUAGCAUACCGUCUGG